AUGUCCAAUAAAAAGAAACCAACAACUUCAACAUUUUACAGUGAACCAGCGAUGAUGGAGGAACUGUACACUGGAUACCUGCUCAAGUCCCCCCCUCUAACGGCCCUGACUAAAGGCAUUGUACGUCUUAAAUCAUGGAAGCGCCGUUUCUUUGUGCUCUGCAAAACACGUGAAGACUCCUACCAUCUGACAUAUCAUGCAAACAACGAAACAAAAGAGAUCGACCUUUCUAAGAUCAGCCAGCUGUUUAUUGGCCCUGAGGCACAUCAGAAGUGGGACUGGAUCCAGAAACAUUUCAAGUGUUCUCCAUCCAGUGUGUUGUUCUUGAAAGUGGAAGACGACACACCAAAACACUCUAGAGACUAUUUCCUAAUUGGAGAAAACAGUGAUGACGUGGAUGGUUGGCUCAAUGCCAUAGUCAAGGUAAUGAAGAUCCAGAGAUCAGGAAAUACCCUUCAGGACAACAGAUUUAGAUCAGCAUCUGAACCUGUGAAGAGUUCUGAACCAAAGGUUGACUAUCAGCCUAAUGACAGACGGUCAGCACCUGAAUUAAUGUUAACUUACCCGUCACCGUCCAGCCAUUAUGACUAUCCACGCAAACUCAGCGAACCUCCAGUACCAGUAACACCCAAGAUUCCAGUUAUUGAACAUAAAGAUGAGAAGGAUGAGAUGCAGGAUGAAUCUGCAGAGGACAGCAGUGAAUACAUGUGCAUGGCAUCAUUUGUCUCUGACUGUCAGAUGAUGCAGAACUUGUGUCUCUUCCAUAAGGGGGAUCAGAUCCUGGCCUUCAAUGACCUGCUGAUAGACACAGUAGAAGAGAUACAGAUGUACUUGAGAAGACUAAGCAAGAAUGAGGUAAAACUCACUAUUCGGCGGCUUAUAGGAUCCCAGCCUCUGCACUCUGAACCCUGCUCACAUAAUGAGGACAUGAAACAAAAUCACAUGAUCAGCUUGCUGUUUAUUGGCCCUGAGGCACAUCAGAAGUGGGACUGGAUCCAGAAAAACUUCAAGUGUUUUCCAUCCAGUGUGCUGUUCUUAAAGGUGGAAGAUGAUACACUAAAACAAGCUAGAGAAUAUUUCCUCAUUGGAGAAAACAGGGAUGAAGUGGAGGGUUUGCACACUGCCAUAGACAAGGUAAUGAAGAUCCAGAAAUCACAAAAUAAACUGCAACAUACAGAUGCUUCUAACCUACAGAAGAUUACAGUUAUUGAGGAAAAAGAUGCGAAGGAAGGGAAGCAGGAUGAACCUCCAAGGGACAACAAUGAAUACAUGACCAUGGGAUCAGUGCAAAUGGUGUUGGAAGGUGGCCAACAGGAGGAAGACACUGCAUGCAAAAAGAAAACGUAA